UGGGUGCGAGGUAACAUGGAGGUUUAGUUAUCACCUAUCAGCCGUUGACUGAAGAAGGCAACGUGAAAGAGUGCUUGAGUUUUCCAGUUUUUAUUUUUCAGUUUUCCUCUGUUUGGGUCGUGUUUCUAACUUUCUAUACUCCUGGAAAUGGAGAUGAAGAAGAGGAUUAGUUUGGAGUUGAGGAACAAGAGCCCAGCCGAGGUGGCUGAGCUUGUGGUGGACAACUGUCGGACUAGUGAUGGAGAGGUGGAAGGUCUUUCAGAUGACUACAAGGAGCUGGAGCUACUCAGUAUGGUGAAUGUGGGCCUCACCUCCCUAGCCAAGCUUCCCUCACUGCCCAAACUGCGCAAGCUGGAGAUCAGUGAUAAUGGAAUCUCCGGGGGUCUGGACAAGCUGGCGGAGAAGUGUCCCAACCUGUCUUACCUCAACCUGAGUGGCAACAAGAUAAAGGAACUGAGCACCCUGGAGACCCUGCAGAACCUGAAGAACCUGAAGAGCUUGGACCUGUACAGCUGUGAUAUCACCAAGCUGGAGGAUUACCGCGACGGCGUGUUCGAGCUGCUGCCCCAGGUCACCUACCUGGAUGGGUACGACCAGGAGGACAACGAGGUCCCCGACUCGGAGGCUGAUGAUGACGACAAUCAUGCUGCAGGUCCCACUGGAGACGACGACGACGACGACGACGAUGAUGAUGAUGAUGAUGAUGAUGAUGAUGAUGAUGAUGAUGAAGAUGAUGAUGAUGAGGACGUUUCUGAUGGGGAAGAGGAGGUCGGCCUGUCCUAUCUGAUGAAGGAAGGCAUUCAAGAUGAGGAAGAUGAUGAUGAUUAUGUUGAAGAGGAUGAGGAUGGAGAAGAAGAUGGGGCAGGUGUCCAGGGUGAGAAGAGAAAGCGGGAUCCAGAGGAUGAGGGAGAUGAUGACGAUGAAGACGAUGAUUAGCCUUCCUCAGAACAACACACUGCCACUGUGUGUGGAGUUCACAUUUAAGCUGCGGAACAACAGGAAAUGGUGAACGAAAUCUUUUGUAUUGUAAAAAUAUAAUGUCGAUUUUUUUUGUGUGUGUGUAAAUGCUUCAUACCAUACAAAAGUUUUGUUUUUUUUGUUGUAUUUUUUUUUUCUUGAUCAUUCCAAAAUUUACAAUGCAAUGUGGAUAAGGUAGACUCUUAGACAUUUUCCAUUUUCAAAUAGUGGGGCAUAUAUAUGUUCUGGUCGCAUGUAGGGGCAUAUUUGCCCCUGCCGAAUGGAGUUGUUCCCACUCCAAACUCACUCACCUAUUUAAAACCCCCACUGAUAAAGAUUUGCACCCAUCCACUUAGUUUAAAGUGUAAACCCUGUCUAGAUUUUUGCCAUCCUUGUGACUCCCAAAAUAUCUAGAGAAAGGAAAACUUUUGUGUCUUGUCAGCUCUUAGGCUUAUUUGUAGACACGUGACCAUUAAGUGUUGUUGAGUGAACUGGACUAAUAGAAAAUUCUGGGUAGUGAGUUGUGAUACUUUGUCGUCCAACAAGACACUUGCGACCUCUGUGUGUCUGUGCCGUGUUGUAGGGGUUACUUUUUUUGUGCAGUCUCAAUGCCCUUGAUAGUGUGUCCCAAUCACUUAGUUAUCAAUUUCCUUUGUUACACUGUCAAACAACAGCAUAUAUGUAUUGUUCAUCCCUCUAUGUACUCCUGGGGGCCUCUAAUAACUUUGGGCUAUUUAGGUUUCAGGUCUCUUACUCCUCAAGUAGCCCCAGGAGGUCAAAUGUUUUCAAUACUUUAUUUGCAGCUACACUGAGUUAGUUUUGGACCACUUCUAUAUGCUCAGGUGGACCCUAUCUCUAAGAAGGUCUUGACUAUAUCCGGGGAACCCAGUUGGUCAUCUCAAAUCUAACCUGAAUCCAACUCUGUACCCAUCUGUCAAUUGCAACGAAGUAUCCUUUCUUUGUCAGCUUUGUCAUUUUGAGUUUGUUGUUGUUUUUACGGCGCAAUAAUUUUAAACGUGUUUGUAUAACAAUGUAAAUAUACCUUGACUCAUCUAGUGUGUGUGUGUGUGUGUGUGUGUGUGUGUGUAGCAUUUGCUUUGGUAUUUUUAAACUUGCAAUAUCUUUGUCCUGUUUUUUUAUUUUUUAAUAAACACAAAGCACAGGUCAGGAUGUAAAGAUUCUGACACCAACCCUCAAUGUGGUUCUUUCUUUUUUGUUUUGGUCCUCUGCUGUUGAGAAAGUAAUGUUUGAAGUUUGUGCUGUAAUCUUCUGAAGAGUGUUUUUGAAUAAAAAAUAAUUCAAUUCUGUGAA